UUUUGGUUUUGGUUUUGGUUUUUAAGUUUGGGUUUUGGUUUUGGGUGCCCUGAGGUUCCAUCCGAUCCGAACCUCCGAACCCGAACCGCUGCCAUCCUUACUCUCUCUUCCUUCUUCCCGUUGUCCGACUUGCAAAGCCUCUUUUCUGGAGACAAAAACCCCUUGCCGGCGAACAAGAAAAUCCCAUUAAAAAACCUCCCCAGAAUAUAAUAAAAAUGAAAAAGUGAUAGCCUCAGAGGUGAGAAGCCUUCUUCUUUCUCUUCCUGUACCCCAUGGAGUCGCUGUCCCGUCCCCCGCCGCACAGAAGAAAACACUCAACCGCAUCCUCCACGUCCUCCUCCUUCUCUCUGAGCAGCCCGUACGACGACGGCUUGUUUUCCGGCGGCGGGAAGGCGAAGUUCGGUUCCCACGAGUACGCGGAGAUUUUCCCAGGCUCGUUGUCCUCCAUUCCGGUGCUAGAUCUUUCGGGCCUGGACAAGUGGGUGGGGUCGGAAGGCUCCCGGAGCUCCAAGCUCGAUUAUUCCACCAUUUUUGGUGGGUUGAGGUGCGGUGAGGCGGCUUUGCCUUAUGACGAGCUGCUUAGUGGCGCUCAGAACAAAACCAAAACUCGGAUUCCGGCACAUGCGCAGUCGCCUGAUCGAGAAUCAAUUUCAAGAAAGACGAAAAUGCCCUCAGGGGAAACCAAGCAGCAUUUCAGCAUGUCUUUCAAUAAGACGAGCCCGAGUAUUAACGGAGACCCGUCAAAUGGAGAAAAUCACAUAGCCCAACUUCACACAGUCCCCGGAUUCACCUACUUUAUUGACGAAAAUCCUCACAAGGCGAAAACAGAAGGAGUAAGGCAUUAUUCAUCUUCACUGAAUAAGUCAUGUGAUUCAAAUGAAAUCAGGAAUGGUGGUGUGCAUUUGCCUCCUUUAUUUGACGAGGAAUUAGAUGAGAAUUCUGUGGCGGCUUUAUCGGCUGCGGCCUUGAAGAAGGCGGUUGAGCAGGCUGAGGAAAGCAUAAGAAUAGCAAAAAUGGUUAUGGAGAGGAAAAAAGAACGUUUUAUGGAUGGUUCUUUGGAAAGUAGGUCCAAGAAUUGUUUGACAAAGGAAAGGAAGACAAUUAGGGUCGAAAAUGGGGCCGAAGGGUUGAGGGAAAAUGGUGGAGCGAUUAAAGGUGGAUUGAACAAAAGGGUUGAUUCGGAAAUUGAAGGGCAAAAAGUUGAGGUGAAUGCAGAAAAUGCUGGUAAGUGUGAGAAGGAAUUUUUGGAGCAUGAUGAAGUGGCUUCUGGCGAACAUUUAAAAGAGGUCAAUGGUGAUUUGUUGAAUAAAUUGGGAAGUUCAGUGGAGGAACAUUUAAAAGAGUUCAAUGGUGAUUAUGAAAAUGGCCUUGAGUUGAAGGCGGAUAGCCCACACAGAAAAAGUGCCGAGGAAGAACUAGGAAAGAUGGAGCCUGAAAUUUCUCGGGAAAUUGGGAAACAAGUAGAUGAAGUUCAUGAGGUAGAAACUGAUGAGAAGAAACCAAGUUUUGGUCAUGAUGGACAAAAAAUAUGCGAAGAAUACAGGCAGGAUAUACGAAUCGAAGAGAAACAAAAUUCCGAGGCUCAGAAUAGUAAAAUUUCUUUGGAUAGUGAAGAAACUGAUAACACGGAUGACGAAAUUCGUGAUACGUUCAAGUUUCAGGUUAAUGACGAGGCUGUUGAUAAUUCUGGCUUCAAUGAAACUCAUAGUAAUGAUACUAUGACUAUCUCUAGCGACUCCCGAGAGCAAUCUGAUGUUGACUCGAAUAACGAAGCUGAAGAAUAUCAACCCAAUGGUUCUUCAUUGGGUAGCAAGACAGAAAAUACUGGUCAAAUGAAAGGAAAGGAAGAAAGUAAAGAAAACACAAACGGCGUCACCUCAAGCAAGGAAGAACUUGAAAACGUCGAGGAACAAAAUGAUGCUGAUCAAAACUCGGAAAAAAACGAAAGGAUUUCUAAAGAGAAGAAAGAUCCAAAAGCAAAUGAGGGAACAUUCCAGGCGGACGAUCGACAGCAAAGAAUCGAGGCCAUCAAGAGGGGCAGAGAGCGGGAAAAGGACAGAAUAGCUGUGGAGAGAGCAAUUAGAGAAGCCCGAGAAAGAGCAUUUGCUGAGGCCCGAGAACAUGCAGAAAGAGAGAAGGCCAAGAUCCGGGCUGAACGGGCUGCAGUGGAACGGGCCACAACAGAGGCCCGUGAACGGGCUUUGGUGAAAGCCAGGUCUCAGAAAACUAGUUCUUCUAGAAGUAAUGGGCUGAAGCAUAGUUUUUCGUCCUCUGAUUUGGAGAGAGUUGAUGGAAAUAGUAGUGAAUCAGCAGAGAGGCGUAAGGCAAGGUUAGAGAGGCAUCAGAGGACAAUGGAGAGAGCGGCUAAGGCCCUUGCAGAGAAAAAUAUGCGCGAUUUUCUUGCCCAGAAAGAGCAGGCUGAGAGAAAUAGACUAGCCGAAUCUCUGGAUGCUGAUAUUAAAAGAUGGGUGACUGGAAAGGAAGGCAACUUGCGUGCACUACUCUCGACUCUGCAAUAUAUUCUAGGGCCGGACAGCGGAUGGCAGUCAGUAUCCUUGACUGAGAUCAUAACAACUGCUGCUGUAAAAAAAGCUUACAGAAAGGCCACUCUCUGUGUACAUCCUGAUAAAUUGCAGCAAAGAGGAGCCAACAUUCACCAAAAAUACAUAUGUGAAAAGGUCUUUGACCUUCUCAAGGCGGCAUGGAAUAGGUUUGACUCGGAGGAAAGAUGAAAAGCAAAAAAACAGUACCAGAAGUCGUUUUAGGAAAGUCGAUCUUUGUAGUUCAUUUAAUCCAAUCAUUUUCAUUUUUAUUUUCAUGGUUUUCUUCAAUAUACGUCUCACCAGGUGACUAAAAGUAGACUAAUUGCUCGGUGUACUUUAGAUGAAGACUUAAAUUUUCUUCUUAAGCAUGAAAACUUAGGCAGGAAACAUUUUUAUUCUCUUUAGCACCACAAACAGAAUCAUGACAUUCUUUUAUUCUUUAUAAGCCAUAACAGUACAAACUGUGGUGUAUUAGCAGUUGAAAUAGCAAAAGCAGGCAAAUCCAGGGAAGUCGUAAUGGCAAGCGCCAUGUGUCGCGUGCUCCCACUUCCUGCACUGAUUGUCACAGUGUCCCGAGAUGGCACAAAUCCCGGUCCAUGUCUUGCUCCGCCUUCCACACGUUCCGCCUUGUACUACAGCUACAUUGAGAUUGAUGAGGAGAAGCCAAACGAUGAGUGUGGCAACUGUAAGUCGGAGGAGUGCAGCCAUUUCUAGUAUAAAUGUGUGUAUUUGGGUUGUUCUUUCUUUCUGCUAAUUGUGCUUGUGUGUAUUAUGGUGUCAGUUUAUAUAGAAAUUUGUAUGGGAGGAUGAGAGAGAUGAGCAAUGGAACAACAUUCCAUCUCCUCAUCCUAAAUGUGAUAAGCAUCAAUGCUGGAAAUUAAUAUUUUUUGUCAUGUUGCCUAGAAUCAAUUCAAACUAAGGUUUGUUAUGCAAUUUUGGCACCUUAUGCACUAUAUUCAACGUUUUUUUUUUUUUUUUUUUU